CCCCCUCUGUUUGGUUUAUUGCAGGAUGGCAGAGGCGCCGAUGUCGUGUGAUUGUUUCGUUUCUUUGCCUCCUGGCUCUCGCGAAGACCAGGUUAUUUUUGGGAAGAACUCAGAUCGUCCCCGUGAUGAGGUACAAGAGGUUGCCUACUACCCAGCAGCAUCUCAUCUUCCUGGCUCCAUGCUCCAGUGCACAUACAUCCAGAUCCCACAGGUGGAACAGACUCAUGCUGUUGUCCUCAGCAAACCAGCCUGGAUGUGGGGUGCGGAAAUGGGAGCCAAUGACCAGGGAGUCUGUAUUGGAAACGAGGCAGUAUGGACUCGGAGGUCCGUUUCUCCUGGAGACGCUCUGCUGGGUAUGGACCUGGUGAGGCUGGGGCUAGAGCGUGGUGACAAUGCCUGGUCUGCACUGAGAGUGAUUACCGGCCUACUGGAGCAGCAUGGACAAGGUGGACAAUGCAUAGAAGAUCCAAAGCAGUUCAGCUACCACAACACCUUCCUCCUGGUGGACCGCAAUGUGGCCUGGGUUCUAGAAACUGCAGGGACGCUGUGGGUGGCUCAGAAGAUCACUGAAGGUGUAAAGAACAUUUCUAACCAGCUGACAAUCAGCACAGAGAUCUCUGCUGAGCAUCCACAGCUGCGGAGUGAAGCCCGGGCUGAGGGCUGGUGGGACGGUGAGACGGAGUUCAAUUUCUCUCAGGUGUUCAGCCCACAGAACCCACCUGCCAGGAUGGAGAUGGCCAAAAAGCGUUACAAGGAAGGAACCAAUCUUCUACAGCAACAUGAUGGCUCCGUUACAGCUGAAGUGAUGAUGUCAAUUCUGAGGGACAAACCCAGUGGCAUCUGCAUGGAUUCUGGCGGUUUCUGCACCACAGGCAGCAUGGUGUCUAUUCUGCCCAAAGACGCCAACUUGCCUUGCAUCCACUUCUUCACCGCCACCCCAGACCCCUCCAGGUCCAUUUUCAAACCUUUUAUCUUCUCGGACUGUUCAACUCCAGUGCUCAGGGUCAUCUCCCCACAGUACAGCCCGGAGGACCCUGUCCACAAACAGCCUCGCUUCCAGAGCAAGGUGGACCGAAGACAUGACCUGUACAGGGCUCACCAGGUGGCGCGCAGCCACACUGAGACAAAAGAGGGCUUGGCUGUCUAUGAUGUUCUGAGGGACCUGGAGUCGCAAUGUCUGAAGGAGAUUUCAGCCAUGCUCAGGGGGGAGAUCCAGGGAGACGAACUAGGAGAUCUGUUUUUUGACUGCGUGGACACAGAGAUGAAGUUGUACCAGUGAGGAGCUCCCUCUGCUGGACAUUGCUGAGCCUUGCUGGGUCGCAGGAAACAGCUGCGAGACUCUGAUCUUGUCUCUCUCCGACUGCUAUGCUUCUCACCCCCUCACCUCCUGACACCAUUAACACAGACUUUUGCCAGUGAUUGGAGCAUCAUUUAACAUGUUUUGCUGCGUAUGAGCGAAGGCAGCGCCUCCUUAGUGAUUGUAGUGAUGUAAACUGAACACAAGGGGAAUUUUUGUGAGAGAUGUUGCCACUGUAGAUAUGGAAAUUGCUGCACCUUGGCUGUCAUUUUAAUUACUUCCGGUUUGGAAAAUCUAAUAAAGAAUGUAAAUAGUCAUUUGAUGACUGUGGAGUUUCUGCUGAUGUGAUCCUGGUAACACGAUGGUCAUAAUAACAAUGUCAAUAUUAUUACUGUAAUAAAGUGAGAGAUGAUUUUGUC